AUGGCAUCACGUGAACCGCCCUGGCGAUCUGAACGCACUCGUCUGCCGCAGCGAAGUGCGCCAGGUUCUACAGUGCCUGCAAAGCGCUCUGCAGACGCGCAUUCACACGACCAUGCAGCAAAACGGUCGACCAACGCAGCGGAAGAAGCGUGGGUGGCAGACGAGGACCGCUUUGUGCUGCAGCAGGCAAAGAAGAAGGCUGCCUUACGCGUCAAGGGCGGGCGGGCGCGGCCAAUCGACUGGCUGGCCGUCACCCUUCGCUUUAUCGACAAGACUGAGGAGAACAUAUUGGAUGAAGAAACUGAGAAUCACGACCUGGACGUGGUGGAUCCCGAAGGCGUACUAGAGGGGUUGGACAAUGCCGACCUGACCGAGCUGGAGAAGGAAAUCGACAACUACCUCACCCUGGAGACGAACCGCAGCAACCGCGAAUACUGGAGUUCUCUCAAGACCAUAUGCAAAGAUCUUCGCCGCAAGUCCAGGUCGUCGGCCUCCGAAGCCCGGGGCACCAGCUCCGUGGCUGCCGACAUUGACCAGCUGCUGGCGCCCAAGUCAUAUGAGCAGCUGGAGACUCUCGAGGUCCAGGUCAAGAAGAAGCUGGAUUCAGACGAGCCCAUCGAUUACGACUACUGGGAACAACUGUUGCGGAGUCUGCGCGUGUGGAAGGCAAAGGCAAAGCUACGGCGCGUGUCCCAAGAGAUCGUGAAUGAACGCCUACAGACGCUGCGCAAGCAACAGGCCGAGGCUGCUGCAUUGCUGCAAAGAAAAGUCUACGACUUGAUCACUCGUGAUGAGCCGUCAGACGAAUCGCAUCCAACUACGGUAGCCUACGACGCCUCACUCGAUCCCCAACCGCUCUUGAAGCUCCGUGCAGAGGACAAGUCUUUACCUCAAAUGGAGGAGAAGGCGUUUGUCGACAGCGUGAUCAAUGAACGACGGAAGAUCCAGAAGCUGGGCUAUGUGCCCGCCCAGAGCGUCAUGGAAGAUCAUGCAACCAGCGACAUCAAGCCCAGGAGCAGUCAGGCCGUCACCACCAGCGCAUCACGCUUCGCACCGGUCGAAAAAGAGGACUAUUCCAAGGCGACCAUGGCACUCUACGAAAGAGAAGUGGCGCGUGGAGUUGAAGACGGUGAAGAAAUAUUCGCGGCCGAAGAAGAGGUUACGACGUCAAAACCCCAAUGGGCUAGCAGUUACACCCCCAGGAAACCCCGCUACUUUAACCGCGUCCAGAUGGGCUACGAAUGGAACAAAUAUAAUCAGACGCAUUACGAUCACGACAACCCACCACCAAAAGUAGUGCAGGGCUACAGAUUCAAUAUAUUCUAUCCUGACCUAAUUGACAAAACCAAGGCGCCAACGUACAAGAUCGUGCGCGAAAAUGGCCGUAAAAAGGGUCAGUCGUUUGCACCAGCUGGUGAGGAUGACACGUGCCUCAUUCGGUUCAUCGCCGGGCCCCCGUAUACGGAUAUCGCAUUCAGAAUCGUCGACAAGGAAUGGGACUACAGUGCUAAGCGUGAACGUGGCUUCAAAAGUAGUUUCGACAAGGGCAUUCUGCAACUUCACUUCCAAUUCAAGAAGAUCUACUAUCGAAACGACCUUGCCUGGGAGCCUUCUCGCGAUAGGACAGUCUUUAGGGCGGACAUUACACAAUACCUGGGAUACACAUUAGCUACUUUCACGUCCAACGAAUCCAUUCCUAUCAGCCAAUACGUCUUCAACAGUCAUAGCAUUCGUGAUACCGCCUCGUGGCGGUGA